AUGACAGGUCAAGAAGACGCAAUGGAUUUCGUCGCUUCUCCUCUGGGAACCUCGGGCGAGAGUUUCUGGAGCGGUUCUGGCUCAACUGGUCUCACUACGCCUGCAUUGAGUCCUUUGUCCGGACCAUCUAAAGGAGAUGAUCUUGCUUUGUCACCGUUGCUGAGCUCUCCUGGUUCUGCUUACAUCUCCUUUCAGGGCCCCGCGGCAUGGGAUGCCGUGAGGAAUAUUUGCGUCGUGGGUGCGGGAUAUGUAGGAGGACCAACUGCUGCAGUCCUGGCACUGAACAACCCAGCUAUAACUGUCAAUGUUCUGGACCAGGACCCCCGUCGCAUCCAAAAAUGGACAUCACCACAUCUCCCCGUGCACGAACCGGGCCUCGUCAACGUAGUCCGCACAACUAGAGACAGUACAGCAAUCGAAACUAACGACCCUAUCACAAACACUACAGGCACCCUAAAACGCCGUCCCAACCUGUUCUUCACCUGCGACUCGACGCGCGUAUCACAAGCCGACAUGAUCUUCUUAGCAGUCAACACACCAACAAAAACCUUCGGAGAAGGUGCCGGAAGAGCAACAAACAUGACGGCCAUCGACAAGGCCGUGCGCGAGAUAGCAGCACACGCGAAACCAGGAACUAUCAUUGUGGAGAAAAGCACAGUACCGUGUGGGACUGCGCAGCGGGUCCGGCAGUUGCUGGCCAGCCUUCGCCCAGGCAUUCCUUUCGAAGUUCUCUCCAACCCCGAGUUCUUAGCCGAAGGAUCAGCAAUCGAUAAUCUAACAACCCCAGACCGUGUCUUAAUCGGAUCUUCGGGGAUGCCGUCCGGCCACCACGCAGCCCGUGUCUUGGCUAGUGUAUACAGCGCCUGGGUACCUUCCACUCGCAUACUCAAAAUAAACUCCUGGUCCUCCGAACUCGCAAAACUAGUCGCCAACGCCAUGCUCGCACAGCGAAUCAGCAGCAUCAACUCCAUCAGCGCUAUCUGCGAACGCACAGGCGCAGAAGUCGACCAGGUCUCCCAAGCUAUCGGUCUGGAUCCGCGGAUCGGGCCUCAAUUUCUGAAAGCUGGCCUUGGGUUUGGGGGGAGUUGUUUCCGGAAAGACAUUGCUAGCUUAACGUAUCUGGCUGAGACGCUGGGUUUAGAAGAUGUUGCGGAUUACUGGAGACAGGUGAAUGUGAUGAACGAGGCGCAGCGGAACCGGUUUGCUGGGAAAGUUGUUCAGCGGUUUCGGGGGAACCUGGUUGGGCAGAAGCUAGCACUGCUUGGGUUUGCGUUUAAGAAGGGGACGGGGGAUCCGCGUGAGUCGUUGGCUGUUGAUGUUAUCAGGCUAUUGCUAGAAGAACGGCCAUUGGAAAUUGCCGUUUUCGAUCCGUUUUGUCGAGGGGAGGAUAUUCUUUGGGAAGUUGGGGUUGUCUGUGGUGAUGCCAGUGCAGUCAGGGUGUAUGGAGAUCCGUACCUCGCCUGUUCACGGGCGAAUGCGCUGCUUGUCAUCACAGACUGCGAUCAAUUCCGGAGCUCACCCCGACGGUCAUCUACCAAAUCCUAUACAUCUGAAAUGGACAACAGCCUGGGUAGUGACCCAACCGUACAAGACGUAUGGGUUUCCAAUGGCGCGACCUACCAUUUGACACCCCAAGACGCUUGUCCCACUGAUUGCGCUGAUUGCCGUUCGCAAUCGAGCCGUCCUACGGUGCUGGAGCCUCUGGAAUGGGCGCGGAUUGCGUACAAUAUGAAAGAUCCGAAAUGGGUUUUUGAUGGACGGGGGGUGCUGGAUAUGAAGGAGAUGGAGAUGCUGGGGGUGAGGGUUGAUGCUAUUGGCCGGCGUUCUGAUUUUCUAUAG